AUGGACUCGUCUUCGUCAGGUGUACCUUUGUCGCCAGGUUCUCCAGGCGAAGCACCUCCAUCUCCAGCGUCUCUGGAUUCUCCACACACAGAGAGCGGUCCUUCGUCAGAUCCUCAGAUCCCAGAUCCCACGCCAUCGCUAGGCUCUCCAUCUCCAGCUCAGUCUGUCAGUAAGCGAAGGUCCAGGAAGCGGACAAAACCAAAGACCCCUAAGAAGCCAGCUUCGGAGACGCAAUACACCAUCAAGGGUAUUGUCGGAGAACGCUUGUGGCUUAAAGAAAACCAAGAAGAAGUCAUGACGUCUAACUUGAUUGGGAUUGUCAAGAUUACCUUCAACAACGCCCCAGAGCAAGACCGACAGACCAGGAAGUCCGAGAUAGUUCCUCCGGACUUCCGACGCACCUCUUACGAGACUUCGAUCACUCUGAGUUCCAACACAUCGAAGGCUACACACGCGAAACACCGCGACAGGAAGGAUCUCAGACUCGAGGCUCAUAAUGCUUUUCAGGCAAUCUGCGUGUGGGAUUUGAUGAAGGACCUCAACCGAGAGCGCAUAGAGCGUCAACUCAUCUGGAACAAGAAAGAGGAUCCAAGUUCUUACAUCUCUACCUUCGACAGUCUUGAUGCUGCGCUCCGUCGCGCGAGAUUUCAUUAUGACGAGAGCAAGCGUAUCGGGCAGCGUGUCUUCAUUAGCACGAUCAACAACGUUGGUCUAGUGGCAGCGACUGUGUCAGCGAGGUGCAAGACUAUCGUGACAAUCACCACCAAGAUGGGAAGAUCCAUACCAGAUGUGGUGAAGAGUUCAGACCACUACUUCGACGUCGACAUCCCAGUCUGGAUUCGUGACUCCAGAAAGCCCGCAGAUCGCUCGGACCUCACAGUCGAACAAUUCGAGGAGUUGGGAGUUGACAUGUGGAUCUCGAUCACUGAGCUUCGACGAUCCAACCUUUCAAAUGGUCCGAAGAGCAGGAUCUGUACCACCCGUGACUAUAUUUGCGCGAAGGGCCAUGACUAUGAAUGGCUGUCCUGCGGUCCCAUCGCCAAGUCUCUGAUCAUGGACAUCGUGCCUUUCGACGGCAAGGUUCUCCAUAAGCGGCAAACCACCAAGAUCAUCCGAAGCCUCGAUAGCACUGAGCCCUGGAUCUGGAGCUGGAACGAGAAGAGAUGGGUUCUGGACGCCGCUCUGACCGCCAUCGCCGAAUUCCGUGAUAUGGAAGCCCAUCAAGCGCGCGAGGCACUCAAGCGCAAAGCAGACGGACUUUCCCAUGAAGGUGAAGAACAGCCAGUGAAGCGCAUGAAGCUGAUUGAGCUCACACUUGUCCGCCCCUACAUGAACUUCUCAACCCGUCGACAGAGUGUGAUCAUGGCUCAUUGA